AUGGCUAACAUGGAGUUGGGGCUUCAAAACAACGAGUUUACUAAUAUAUGGAAUGCAUUGAAGGAACAUGAUCUAAGUGCGGAAAAGGUAACAAAAUUUAUUUUCAUAAAGAUGCCGUUUAGGAAGAAGCAAGCGAAUCCUUAAAGUUAGCAAAGACAGGCCGGAAGCUUCAACGUUUAUUGUGUACACCACAGAGGAUUCAGAAACGGUUUAGAGGACGGGAGUUUUCUGCCCAGAAGCAUUUUAUCGUGGCCGUUAGUAAAAGUAGGUACCUAAAACUUAUAUUUUUUAAAUUUUAUUAGUUUAGUUAAGUAUUCAGAAGGAAACGAAAUACAUUGGCUGUUGUUGAAACGUAUUUAUCAGGAAGUUAUGGUCACAGACGAUGAGCCAGCGAGAUAUGGUAAACACUGGGAAAAAGUCGGCUUUCAAGGUACUGAUUGUCUUGAUUAGGUUUUCUAUUUUUAGCUGGUCCUGCUAUUUAUUUGGUUUUUUUACUUGUUGUCGCACUUAUGUUUUGCUCACAUGCUCUACAUUAUUUUUAGGUGAGGAUCCUGCAACCGACUUGCGGGGAGCGGGUUUGUUCGGCCUCUGUCAAUUAUUCUAUUUGGUUACCGAAGGCAUUGAUAAGGAGAGAUUGCAACGACUCAAAGACUUCGCAAAUGAAGAAAACAAUGUAAAGAUUCUAUAAUUACCUGUUUUAUCGUUUAGUACAAAAUUCUUUGUUCUUUCUGAUAAUACUAAUCAUCAUUUCCAGGGUUUUCCGCUGGCUGUUGUCGGUAUUAAUUUUACAUUCCUUCUGCUGAAUCGUCUGCGGAAAGGCGGUUUUGAUGGGUAAGAUAACCGAUGUUGAUGUUAUAUUACUUAUUCGGACUUUGUGCACUUGACCUUCUGUUUUCAGACUCAAUUCUGACCCCCUUCCUUACCUUAACCGACUUUAUCGAGCCAGUUUUAUCGAAUUUGAACGAUUCUGGUCGGAGAAAAAACGGUCAAUAGCUGAUUUUGGACAAAUACUGGCUCAAGUCAAGAACGGAAUCAAGAAGCCGAGAAGGUUCUUAGAAACGCGGGAAUAA